GAAGACAAGGUAUUUGCUUCCUUCAACUUGAAUGCUAAUUAUCCUUCAUGACCCUGGCUUUGCACUCACUGUGGGAAUUGCAUGUUUUGCCACAUGACUUCCCCAGUAUGGAUUUGCAAAGGGACUGUAUCUAUAGAACAGCUGUGUGGAAAGCAAGCCCUAUUUGUCAUACUAUUUUUGGAAUGUUAAAGUUACCAAGCUGUUCUUGGAUUUCCUUUAAUAGGAAAAAAAUUCUUGAAAUGUAUGUAUGGCAGAACAAAAUCUUCUGAUUUCCUCUGAAACCCCUCACUUAAUCUGGCAUUGGAGUAUGAUAAAAGACACUGCUGGUCUCCUUGCUUAGUAGCAUUAUAGCGAUGGAUAUGAAUUGGAUGUCCAUACUGCUGCUUCUGUAUCUUUCAGCAGCCUCUGUUCCAGUUGACCUGCUUGCAGAAAUGACUUAAGAGAUCUCCGGAGUGUGGUGUUGAGGAAACUUCUUAUUUGCCUUGAGCUUGCUGCUUAUGUGGUAUACCACUGGAUUCUGUUCUCAGUUCUUCCUGGUGACUGAGCUGAAUGAGCCCCUCUCCAAUGAAGAUAGAAACCUGCUGUCUGUAGCCUACAAGAAUGUUGUUGGGGCUAGACGAUCUUCCUGGCGAGUCAUCAGCAGCAUAGAGCAGAAAACUAUGGCGGAUGGGAAUGAGAAGAAGCUGGAAAAAGUUAAAGCAUACAGGGAGAAGAUCGAAAAAGAGCUGGAGACAGUCUGCAAUGAUGUUUUGGCCCUCUUAGAUAAGUUCUUGAUCAAGAACUGCAAUGACUUCCAGUAUGAGAGCAAAGUCUUUUAUCUGAAAAUGAAAGGAGAUUACUACCGCUAUUUGGCAGAAGUUGCUGCUGGUGAGAAGAAGAACAGUGUUGUGGAAGCUUCAGAGGCUGCCUAUAAAGAGGCUUUUGAAAUCAGCAAAGAGCACAUGCAGCCCACUCACCCGAUAAGGCUUGGGUUGGCACUCAACUUCUCAGUGUUCUACUAUGAAAUCCAGAAUGCACCUGAGCAGGCCUGCCUGUUAGCCAAACAAGCCUUUGAUGAUGCCAUAGCUGAGCUGGACACACUAAAUGAGGAUUCCUACAAGGACUCCACACUUAUCAUGCAGUUACUUCGAGACAACCUCACUCUCUGGACAAGUGACCAGCAGGAUGAGGAAGCAGGAGAGGGCAAUAACUAAAGAGCUUUCAUCCCAGCCCUUCAUCAUCCACUCCACCAUCCCCAUUAGAACCAUCCCACAAUAUUUCCUUGCCACAGUCUCACUAAAUAUCUAGUGCUAAGCAUAUCUGUAUUGUCGGCACAGCUGUUCAGAUCUGCAGUCCACUUUAUCAGGAGGCAGUUUUGGAUAAGUCUUCAUGAGCAUUGCUGGAUUGAUUGAUUGAUCUGCCCUGUUUAUCAUAGUUGCACUUGAAUGGUGCAGAAAGAUGCAUAUUAAAGAGGCAUUUUAGUUUGCCUAUUGAUUAUCAAGUAUGGGCAAGAAUAAUGGAAAGUAAAUUAAUCAGAAGUCUAAUCUUAAAUUUUCCAUUUGAAACAAGCUGAUAAUGUUUUGUUGAGCAGUACAUCUUGUGCAUGCAAAGCAAAUUAGCCACCCUGAAAACUUUUUCAACCGAUGAAAACAGUUAAAAAGCUGAUGUGAAGUGACAACUUAAUUCUAUUUAUCAGUUUACAAACUGUUCAGAAUGUGAGGUUUUGGUAGCAAUUUGUUUUUUGCCUCUUUAACUUAUGAUGUGCACAGACUUUCAUUUAAUGCAAUGGCAUCUACUUAAAAGUUUUGAUACUUGUAACCUUUUUUGCAGUUGUUUUGAAAAAUCAUGAAUUUAUUUUUUGUAAACUCUUUGGCUGUUUAGUUGUCUGUGUAUUCUGACAGCGCCAUGUCAGUGUUAGCCCAUGUUAAGAUGGAUGACUCUCUGAGAUGCCAGACUUCUAAAUUUAAUGUUUUGGAAUUAAAUGAAUAAAAUAAAAUGCUGCUUCGGAAAUAUUAUCUCUA